AUGUCUACGGACCUUGAAUCAUGGACUCACAUCGGGAACGCCAUCAAUCGUCGUUCGCAGGUAUCACUUGUUGGAGCAAGUACGUUUAUUGCGCCGUGGGAUGAUGGAACAGCAAUGGUGGCUACCGGUGGUCUUUAUGCCCCCACAAUCCGCCAUCACAAAAACACGACCUAUAUCAUCUGCACCAAUGUUAUCCAUGGCUCAACAAACGAACCUGGAGAUGAGCAUAGCGAGCAGUUUAUUAUAUACACGAAAGAUAUUCAGUCUGGAAAUUGGUCAGACCCGAUAGUCUUUUCUUUCCCUGGGAUUGACCCUUCUUUGUUCUUUGAUGAUGAGGAUAAGGUCUAUGUUCAAAUUUGCAAGACUGGCCCAGAGUUCCAUAUUUAUAAUAUGGAACUUGAUAUAAAGACAGGUAAAGUAUUGACAGAGCCUUCUCUAAUUUGGAGAGGCUGGGCUAGAGGGUACACAGAGGGACCCCAUCUAUACAAGAAGGAUGGCUGGUAUUAUUUGUUGUGUGCUGAGGGUGGUACAUUCCGGCACCACAUGAUGAGCAUGGCACGCUCAAAGCAGCUGUCCGGCCCAUAUGAGCCGUAUGAGAAAAACCCUUUGUAUUCAUCUCACGGGUCCGACCGUUAUGUCCAAAACACUGGCCAUGGUGAUUUAUUUCAAGACCAAAAAGGACACUGGUGGAUGGUCUUUCUGGGAUGUCGUAUUUGGAAAAGCCGGUCCAUAAUGGGUCGAGAAACUUUCUUGACCAGGGUGGACUGGAAAGAAAAUGAGUGGCCUGCUAUCGACUGUGCUACUAUUGAAUGUCACCGAGGGCUUUUAAGUGCGACGCCAGUUGGUGUCAACUCUACUACACCGUGGGUGUAUCUGAGAGAUGCGAAGAUUGAUCGAUACGAUAUUCAAGGGAACAUAAUCAAAAUCAAAUCAGACUCUGUGGAGCUGACUAGUCCAAAUGAGUCUGUUACUUUUCUGGGUCAACGGCAGAGACGACUCGAGGGUACUGCGUCCGUCACUAUUGUCAGACCUCAAAUGCGAACAAGUGUUCGUGCGGGACUGGCACUUUACAAAGAUGAACAUCGAUAUCUAGCAGUAAUGGUGAACUUCUUAGAAGGGAAUAUCGUUUUUGAGGGUAUCAACUGGGCUAAGAAUUUCUCCCAAACAGAAACGCAAAGCACUACGAUUGGGGAUUCCGUCUCACUCAAGAUUGAUUACACUGAAUUAUCAUUGCAAUUGUCCUUUAAACCCGCAGAGGGAGAAUGGUAUUCUUUCGGUGCAGUCGACACAUCUGUCUUGACUGACUUUGAUUUCACCGGUCCGGUGAUUGGAAUUUUUGCCAUUGGGGCUGAUGUUGAUGUUGAGUUUGAGAACUUCGAGGUGGAUUCUACUACCUAA